AUGGUCAGCGCCACAGGAGGCGGGAGCUCGAACGUGAUUGUCGUCCCAGCAUCAGCCGGUAAUCCAGAAGAUGGCACAACAGCUACCGAAGAGAAGGAAGGGCGUAGGAAACGAGGAACUAUCUUUUCUGUUCACGUGCAUCCAGACGGAACUCGCCUUGCGACGGCCGGGCUGGACAUGAAGAUCAAGAUUUGGAACACGGAGCCAAUCUUGAAUCCAGACUGGGAAGAAGACAGAAAGAAGCACAAGCUGUUAGCCACGCUUGCACGACAUACAGGAUCUGUUUUAGUAGUGCGAUGGUCCAACUCCGGACGUUAUCUGGCUUCCGGCUCGGACGACACCAUUGCGCUCAUUUGGGAAUGGGACCGCACGACCCAGCAGUUCUUCCCCGCCACUGCGCCAAGCAAUUCCAUAGGUACUGCCGCAGCUGCUGCCGCAGCUGCUUCCUUGGACGGACCCUCUAUCGAGAAUUGGCGACCAGUGCGCCGUCUUGCGGGGCAUACAUCAGAUGUGGUUGACCUCGCAUGGGCUCCCUCCGAUCUCUAUUUGGCGACUGUUUCGCUAGACUCUGUCGUCAUUGUUUACAAUGGCCGCACUUUCGAUCGUCUACGCAGAAUCGAUGGUCACGCAGGUUUCAUCAAGGGCGUCUGCUUCGAUCCGGUAGGACAGUACAUGGCAACCGCUUCGGAUGACAAGAGCUUGAAGGUCUGGCGCACUGCAGACUGGACGUGCCACAAGACGGUGACCGCGCCCUUUGAGGGCAGUCCGUCUAGCACUUUCUUCCGUCGGCCGAGUUGGAGCCCCGACGGCGCACACAUACUUUGCGCAAAUGCAAUGAGUGGGCCCGUCUUUGUCAGCAGCGUGGUCGAACGCGAAUCGUGGAGCUCAGAUAUUUCGCUUGUCGGGCAUGAGAACUGUGUCGCCGUCGCAGCUUUUUCCCCGAAUCUCUUCCGCGGCAUCUCGGAUGACGGUAGCUCUUCCCAUGCAUCACUCAUGGCCCUCGGCUCGCUUGAUCAGAGCGUCAGUGUUUGGCUCACAGGCCUCAGCAAGCCCCUGCUCGUCGCGCGGGAUGUUUUCGAGCGGCAAGUCAUGGACCUCAGUUGGAGCGCCAACGGGCUUACUCUGUACGCCUGCUCGGCCGAUGGAAGUGUCGCCGCGUUCGUCUUUGACGCCAAGGAGGUCAGCGAACCUGCGCCGCCUGCAGAGCUGGCGCGAGCCAAGGCCAACUGGGGGUAUCGGCCAACCGCGGUGCAGGCCACCAUGCUUUCGAGCAGCUCACAAAGUAUGCCGACUGGCACGAGUGGCAAGCCGAAUCUGCUGACCGUACGCAAAGGCAAAGGCGUGAACCAAUCACAAGCUGGCGAGCGUGCAGGACAGAAUGCCGGCAGCGACGGAAAGAAGAGCAUUAGGCCGGCGCAGGAGAAUGGUGACGAGCACCACGACUACGGCGCCGGUGGGAUCGUCAUACCAUCUCAGAAGGAUGGCAAUAACCAGUGUGGAGAUGCGAGCAUGUUCGGAAUAUCACCAUCGGAUGCGACACCCUCCAAACGCCGCAUUUCAAGCUUGGAAGAAGACCUCGAGCCGUUGAUGCGCAGCAACAAGCGUUCAAAGGACACGGGCAAGAAUCUGGGUAGUGAAUUGGCGCACCGUGCACGUGCACUUCGCAGACAGCUUGCCUCUGGGAGAUUUGAUGACGACGAAGCUCGACCGGCGGAGGAUCCCUCAGGCAGCGACUGGCGCGCAAAUACGCCAUAUGCCAAGUGGCUGCCUUCUCCGCCUUCGAUGACAUGCUUCACCCGUGAACAGCGCAAUCUCACGCUCGAGUGCCGGAAUUCGAGUCGAUCGGCUGAACCAAGUGAGAUCGCAAUGCUGCAAGAUGGAAAGAUCUGCUGGGUCGACUGGACGCCAUCGGUAGUCACUACGGGAACGUGCAAUGAGGCAUUUUCCGCCGUCGCGCUUGAGGACUCAAGUGUUGUUGUGCACUCCUCCCGUGGCCGACGGCUCGGAUUGUUGCGACUGCCGUCGCCUUGUGUCCAGGUGGAGAGCAGCUCAAAUGUGCUCAUGAUGCUCACCGCCGAUGGUCUGCUUCGCCGGAUCGGCUAUCCAGAGCUCAAAGAACUGCAUCCACCCAUGACAAUUCACAACAUCAUCAAGAGCGCGGACGACAUCGAAGAAUUGUGGCUACAGUCGAAUGGCGUACCCGUUCUCAUCUGUCGAACACGCGAAGAAGCGCUCGUGCUGGACACGGCCCUCAUGAGCUGGGUCAGUGUCUCGAGCGGCUUUUUCGCAGAUUGUUCACCUUUCUGGGAAUCCCGCUUGCGCGGUCGCGACUACUCGGCAAGCCGCGAAAGUUUGGCGUCGAGCCGUGAUCCGGUGCGAAAUAUCGAAGCACUCGUCAACCAGCUCGUCAUGAAGAGGCCGAUUGAAGAGGGACUGCUCAGAUACGGCGAGCCGAAGGAUGUUGGACACGCAGCCAUCUUCAAGACCUCCUGCGGGCUGAGGCAUCUUGAAGGGAGGAUGCAAGCUGCCAUCCUGUUAGAUAGCGCUUUGGAGUACAAGGCGACGCUGCUGGCGUAUGCGAAAAAGCUGUCCGAAGACGGGGUGAAGAACCUGGCAGAGGACCUGAUCAAGAGCUUGUUGGGACCGGUUUAUUACAAGCCUGAUAGCACUCCAUCGUGGAACCCACACGUGCUAGGCUACAAGAAGCGGGAGCUGCUAGCAGAAGUUCUUGCUGUACUUGGCAAAGGACGACAUCUCAAUGCACUCGUUUGUAGCUAUCAAGAAAUCCUCAGAGCGCUGCAGUGA